AAUUUGUAGAGUGUCGGUUCAGAAUGUCGGGUCGGGGAAAAGGAGGCAAGGGAUUGGGAAAGGGAGGAGCGAAGCGUCACAGGAAGGUCCUCCGCGAUAACAUCCAGGGUAUAACUAAGCCGGCCAUUCGUAGGCUGGCCCGUAGAGGCGGCGUGAAGCGUAUCAGCGGCCUCAUAUACGAGGAGACUCGCGGCGUUUUGAAGAUCUUUCUGGAGAAUGUGAUUAGGGAUGCCGUUACCUACACCGAGCACGCCCGCCGCAAGACGGUUACUGCCAUGGAUGUGGUGUAUGCGCUGAAAAGGCAGGGUCGGACUCUUUACGGGUUCGGCGGUUGAGCGUUUUGGGCUGAACCGUUUGUACUGGUUUUUGUUAUGAGUCUUGCUGUCAAGAAAAUUAGAACUGUCAACAAUGGCUCUCUGCUUUCUGACUUUUUUGUAAAUACUCUUCAGUGUUGGGUAUUGUCUUCUUAGGUAGGUAGUAGUUUGUUCACUUUACUGGUGAUGUUGAAUGCUUCAUGUUUUGUUUCUGGAAUGGGAAUUUUGUUGUUGAAUUUAUAU